AUGACGCGGUCAACGGAGCUCAUCACCUGUGAAGACCCCGAUGAAGGUCCCGAAGUCGCAACUAAAGAAAGGGAAAAUUUGCAUUUGGGCAUAUACUCCAAAAUUUGCAUUUGUGGUGUGUUUGAUUUGUUGAGAAAUAGCUUUGUGAUGAGUAAACUGAGGAGCUGGAUAGAAGAACAGCAUGAAAAGAUUGUUGAAAGCGAAAAGGAAGCAAAAGGAAAAGUUAAUGCAACCAAUGAUAAGGAAAAACUCCUCAAGCGGAAGUUGCAAGAUAAGGUGGCGAAGCUUAUUAUUGCAAAAAAUGGUGCUCUUCUGUCAAUUUCAGAACAUGAAGCUCUUGUUUCACAAAUAAACAGUGAAGCAGCUCAAGCUCACGCUGAGUUGCUUGAAGCAGAGGGCAUAGUGCCUAAAAAGAAACAUAGAUGUGAUGUUUUAAGAACGGAGCCUUAUCGUGUGGAUGUUGAUGGCCGCAUCUUUUGGAAAUUAAAGGGUUACAACAAUGGAGAAGAUAUCGUUCUUCAAGAUUUGGGGGCCUGGGAUGCAGUUGUAUCUAAAGAAGAAUGGUUUGUUUAUGGUGCGGAGACAAAGGAAGCAAUUGACAAUUACUGUUCUUCCUUAAGGAGAAAAAAGUCUAGUGGAACCGUGUCGCAAACUGUUCCUCGUGAAAGCGAUGAAGAAAACAUGUAGAUGAGGGCCAUGGUUAUUUCAAAUGGCAUAUACUCCUAAUUUGCUUUACAAUUGAAUAGUGUAGAUCAUCAAGAUUAUCAAGAGAUUGGCUGCUUCUGUCCAAAAGGAAUUGUCAGUGUUGUAGAAGUAGGUUCACAUACACAGUUGCAAGUAUUUUGGCUGCCCAAUUGUUCUGCAUAUCUUCCUAUAUGGUAAAGCUGAUUCAUAAGUGUUGUCUUUUGAUUUGUAACUGGGAGUUGUACCCCACUAUUUUUUGGGCGAUCUUAAGGAAUUGUACAACAGAGGAACCCCAAACUGAUUAGUAAUUUCUGAGUUCAUAUUAUUUGCUGCAUUUGUUUCCAGAUUCAUCUUGAUGUUUGUUACAGUUGAUCAUAAUGUAAUAUUCUUCAUCAACUUAUCUA